GCGUGGGAUGGAAUUCAUUUAGAUAGAAAGUUGAAAUAUAUUAUUCCAUUAUCCUUGUUUUGGAUUCUUUGGAAGGAAAGAAAUUCUAAAGCUUUUAAGGAUAAACCUAUUGAUUUGUAUACGUUGAAAGAUAUGUGAAUGCAUUAUUUUGAAUUUUUAUUAUUAGGGCAUGACAUGAUUAGUGAUGUAGAUUUUGGGCAUGUCAUAGACUCACUAACUAUAUUGUAAAAUUUUAUGUAUAGGGGCGGUACCUCCGGUUUUAUGGUACCAUGAUAAUAUGGUUCAUACUUUUUAUUUCAAAAGAAAAAGAAACUCUAAUUAGCUUUAGGCACACUUCUCCUGAUUAUUAAUUUGAUAAAUUUGAAGCUGAUGCUGUUCGUUUUAUAUCUUUUUUCUCGUAUUUGUUUCACUCUCUCCUUGUUCUACAUCUUUAGGUUUUAUCUUCUAUGGAUUAGAUUUUCUGGUUGAAAAGCCACAUCAUCUUUGGGCGCAUUUUGACUUUGAUGUCACUACUCUUUCUUAUGAAUUGAUAACCUUAAUGCCUCUUGCAGGCAGUUCGGAGGAUGAAAACUUCUCCACUGACUGCAGAGGAGAUUGGUCGUAUUCAGGAGGACUUAAACAUGCCCAGGGACUUGGGGUUUUUAAACUUGAUUGGAUGUCUGUAUGGAAAUUCAUUGUGCCAUAUAGAGACCCAUCCCUAUUACCCAGGCAGUGGCGCAUAGCCCUUGGAACUCAGAAGUCAUAUAAACAAGACGCAGCCAAGAAGGAGAAGCGACGGGUCUAUGAAUCAAGAAAGAGGAAGUCAAAAGCUACAUUGGCGAAUUGGCAACUUGCAUCAGACAAAGAGGAUUACCAGGCUGAAAUUCCUGGGGCAGAAAAUUAUAGUGGAGACGAUAAUGCAGAAAUUGCAGGGGAUGCAUAUGUCCAUGAAGCAUUCUUGGCAGAUUGGAGGCCUGGCAUGUCCUAUCUCAUUUCUUCUGCAAAUACUUGCACUAACAACAGAGAACAAGACCUUCCUAAUGAUACACCACCUGGAGUUGAUACUGAUCUCAGAGAACAACCAGAAACUCAUGUGUCUGGAGAAGCUCAACCGUCCGUUGGUAAUAUGCACAGGAUCCCGUGUGGGUUAAACUAUUCUGUGCAACCUUCAUCUCAUAUAAGUCAUGAUAGGCAGACUGCGGCAAUCAACAUGCUAUCAAAUCAUCUGGGUUCUGGGAUAACAUCAGGUACCUCAAAACCUCAAAUCUUUUUGCGGCCAUAUCGAGCUCGUAGAUCAACCAAUCAACAUCUAGUGAGAUUAGCGCCUGACUUACCCCCAGUAAAUCUGCCACCAACCGUUCGUGUGAUUUCACAAUCAGUUUUCAAGAGCAAUCAGUUAGAUGCAUCUACAAAGCCUUCUGUUGCCCAAGGCAGCAUUGGUGAUGGUGGAGGGGAAAAUACGGCUCUACUUCCUCAUGUUGUAAAAUCAGGAGCUGCAUCUUUAGUUAAAGCCAAAACUGAUACAGAUAAUCCUGUAAGAGAAAAUAUGACAAAUUCAUGCCAAGACCUAGAAGAAUCUGGACAUGUGAAGGAGAAACAUGUUCAGGACAAAAGAGGCACUGAUCCUGAGUUUCAGAUGCAUCCCUUACUUUUCCAGUCCACAGGUGAUAGACAUCUGCGAUAUCACUCUUUGGACCGUAACCUAGAUGGAUCUAGUUCUUUCAGUUUCUUUUCUGAAAAUCGGCCCCAACUUAAUUUAAGUCUUUUUCAUAAUUCAAACCAAACCACUCAAGUUGUUGAUUGCUUAAAUAAGGCUAUGAAGAUAAGGGAAUCCAAUGCAGCAUCAGUUGGUGUGGACUUUCAUCCACUUCUGCAAAGAAAUGAUAAUAAAAACAGCAACUUGUUGAGUACAUGUACAUCUCCACACCCAUAUGUUCAAUUGGAAGGCAGAUCCAGUCAACUUCACAGUCCUGAUGCUGUCAAGAAGUUUCCAGUCAGUUGUCCAUUUACCAUUGGCUCUAAGCAUUCCAGUCCUAAUGUGAGAGCUAAUGACCUGGAUUUGGAGAUCCAUCUAAGUUCUGCAUCCAUUAAGGAGAAAGACACACUGGAGAUUCAAAAAACUUGCCAUCUAUCUCACCCGCACACUGACAGUAGCCCUGCAGCUUGCAGUAAGCUCCUACCAGGGAUCACUGGAUCGGUUGCACCUAGCAAUGAUGUUGGGAGAUGCAACAUGGAGGAUGUAAGUGACCAGUCUCAUUUAGAGAUUGUAAUGGAACAAGAAGAGUUAAGUGAUUCUGAUGAAGAAAUUGAAGAACAUGUGGAGUUUGAAUGUGAGGAGAUGGCUGAUUCUGAAGGGGAGAGUGGUUCAGGCUGUGAGCAAAUAGAUGAUGCCCAAAAUAAGGAGGUUCCUGAUGCUACAGCUGAAAAAGCUGGAAGUGGUGCAGAUUCUGAUGGUGGGCAACAAGAACCAGGAAUCCUCAGUCAGCCUCAAGGCAAUACUCCUGCCCUAGGAAAUGGUGGCCGUUUAAGGUUAGGGUUGACGGAGCUAGGAAAAGAUCCCACAAACCACUCAUGGCUGAGUUUGGACCCAUGUGUUGCAGCUCAUGUGUUAUGCAAAAAGACAGAGCAUGAAAAUAAUGUGACCGUCAAAGAUUUUGCUAUGAAAAACUUGGUCUCUUGUCGUGCUAGCAGAUCUUGCAAGAAGACACCGCUAAGCACAAAGAAAGUUGCAGCAUCAAAGCAAGUCACGGAGAUGGCACUAAGCCUGGGCCCUCUUGCAAGUUUGAGGAAGCGAAAAAAGC